AUGAAGACCAUGGCUUCUCCCCACACAAUCUCUAAUGCACUGGUGCUGUUGGCCACCAAUGCUUCAGAUGUUCAAUAUCACACUGCACCACACAGCUGCAGCAUUGACGAGUCGUACAAGUACGUCAUCUUACCUCUCUGCUACUCCUUGACCUUCUUGCUCAGCCUCGUCUUGAACUCCACAGUUCUUCUGCGUUCCUACCGCUCUAGGGGUGGCUGCCAGUGGAACACUUCGCUCAUCUACAUGGUCAAUCUGGCAUCUACAGAUCUGAUGUACAGCUUCUCUCUCCCGUUCCUCGUGGCCAGCUACGUGAUGCGUGAUCAUUGGGUGUUUGGAGACUUCAUGUGCAGGCUGGUGCGCUUCCUGUUUUACUUCAACCUCUACUGCAGCAUCUUCUUUCUCACCUGUAUAUCCAUCCAUCGCUACAUGGGCAUCUGCCAUCCAAUCAGAACCAUCGCCCUGGAGAGCAAGCGGGCGGUUAGAGGCAUUUGUACUACCAUAUGGGUAGUAGUGUUCAUUCUUACCUGCCCGAUUGUCCGUUUUGCCAAAACUGGGGAUGUAAUGAGGAUGUUAGGGGAUGGGAUGAACAAAGUGGGCGAUCCUUUGUCCACAGGUAGCACAAACUCAGGAAACGUUGAAGUAUACCGGAACUGUUGGGAUGACGCCAUAGACAGCGAGUUCUCAGAGUACGUACCCUACGGAAUUGUUCUUCAUCUACUGUGCUUUUUUUUCCCUUUCAUCGUCAUUGCUUGGUGUUACUCACAAGUGGUACGUACCAUCUUCCAGUCGCUACCAUCCCAGCCCCAUAUUCAGGAGGAGGGGGGGAUGUGUAGUGGGGUCAAAGGGGUCAAAGACAGAACAUCCAUGUCCAUCUCUGGUUCCCAGCACGCUACGUACAUCAGCAGGCGUCGGAAGUCCAUCAAAACCAUCAUCACCAUUACGUUCUUGUUUGCGCUGUGCUUUCUUCCCUUCCAUAUCACACGGACUCUCUUCCUCAUCCUCAAAGAAACAAAGGCAGUCGAGUGCCAAACCAUGCGGAUGGUCUCCAUUUGCUACAAGAUCACUCGGCCCCUGGCGUCCUGCAAUUCGUGGCUCAAUGCACUACUUUAUUUCUUAACAGGGGACAAAAGCUUAGCCUGCUGUGGACAGACCAUUGCAAGUCAUCAAACAUACCUUCACUGGCCUUUAAAGAUUCUUGGAGGACAAAAAGAAGUAGAGGAUCAAGAGCAGGGUAAUUCACCUAAAGCAGAUGAAGGUCAUGAGAUUGACUCAAAUCUUCAGGAAUAA